AUGUUGGCCCUUCGUGACCAGGAAAACCUGGUAAACACGCACCAGACCGCCGCUGCAGCUAAGCCGUUGAACCAAACCUCGAAAUUUGCCCCCAAGACACCCGGGAAGCGAAACGAUGAGAACAACCCGCUCGUCUUUGGAGGCCGUACCGUGAAAGGCAAUGGAAAUCGUUUGGAAAAUGGGAAACCAGUCAAAGACGCGUUCAUUACUCCGAUGGUGAAAGAUCGCGCUCCGUUGGGCAUGAAAACGAACAAUCUCAAAGCCAAGAACCUUCAGACACCUGCUCCCUUCGGUGGAACGAUCAAGACGAACCGACGACAGUCGACCGCGCAGAAGCUCAAGAAAGCCGCUCCAGUUACACAACAACCGCAGCUCAAGGUUCACAGUGAUGUCGUCGUUGAUGAUGUUCCAGAUAUCGAAUACAUGCCACCCAAGCCCAGAGAUCUCCCGGACCUUCCAGACGACGUGACAUACGACACCUCAUUUCCCCAGUUCCAACCGAGAAACCGAGCUUUAGGACUAGAGAGUGUUUACGGGAAGCAACAAAUUGGCAGUGAUGGACUCACAGCGAAGCAGCGCAAGUUCAAGCAGGAUUCGGCGGCAUGCGACAAGAUGGUGGACGAGAUGAUACUCAAACAGCUUGAGAAUGUUGGAUUUGAAGGCACGGGGGAGCGUGAGAGCGUUAAAUCACGCAAACCGCAAGCUUUUUCCUUGAAGAACCCUAGCACCGUACGACAAACCCGAAGUGUCUCGACGCUUCGAGCUCGCGAGGCCGCUGCAGCGCUCUCGGGAUCUCAGCCAACCAGCAGCCCCCGAACUACACCAACUCCCACGCCCAGGAUGGCAUCAUUAGCAUCAUCUGCAUCUUCACUGAUCAUGCCUAAGAGACACGCCAGGGUUCCAUCGAAUCCCUCCUCAAUGCGCAACACUGCCGCUGCUGCCACCUCGCGAACAACGGUUGGAUAUUCGAAGGGUCGGAGUGUGUCUUCCGAUCUGCGGGAGAAGUCCCAAGCGCAGAAGCCUUCGACCUCUCAAGCCUUAUCCCCCGAAACUUACAUGCAGCUGUACGGGGCCCCUCCGCUGGACUCGGACAUGUGGACCCGCUGCAAAGCUGCUGGGUGCUUUGAUACAGAGCCGGAUGCCCAGGAGCCUGAGGAACCGCUGCCAACCUUCGAAGACGAAGAAGCCGAUGACUUUCAGCUGACAUUGUAA